CUGCGCAUCCACUCCGCUCAGGAGCGCCCCGAGCUACUUCUGCCACCUGGAGCGCGGGGGCGCCUGCUGGAAGCCCCUAUCCUUGCUGGCCUCCUUUUUCAUGUAUGCCUGGAGAAAGAGGGCGAGGAGGAGCAACUGGGUGCUAGGGAACUAACUUCCAGCCCGGCAGGUCUCUGUAGAGGGAGGGCAGAAGAGGAGUGGCCGGGGCUAGGGGAAUCCAUGCGGGGGCCAUGGGCCGAGCGGCGCUCCUGGCACUGCCCCGCUUGUGCGCGCUGUGGGCAGCCCUGCUCUCGCUGUUCCCCUGCGGAGCCCAAGGCAACUGGAUGUGGUUGGGCAUUGCCUCCUUCGGGGUUCCGGAGAAGCUGGGCUGCGCCAACUUGCCACUAAACAGCCGCCAGAAGGAGCUGUGUAAGAGGAAACCGUACCUGCUGCCCAGCAUCCGCGAGGGCGCCCGGCUGGGCAUUCAGGAGUGCAGAAGCCAGUUCAGACACGAGAGAUGGAACUGCAUGACCGUCACGGCCACGGCCACCGCCGCCCCGCUGGGCACUGGCCCCCUCUUUGGUUACGAGCUAAACAGCGGCACCAAGGAGACAGCAUUUAUUUACGCCGUGAUGGCAGCGGGCCUGGUGCACUCUGUGACCAGGUCGUGCAGUGCAGGCAACAUGACAGAGUGCUCCUGCGACACCACCUUGCAGAAUGGGGGCUCAGCAAGUGAAGGCUGGCACUGGGGGGGCUGCUCUGAUGAUGUCCAGUAUGGCAUGUGGUUCAGCAGAAAGUUCCUGCAUUCCCCCAUCAGAAACACCACCGCAAAAGAAAGCAGAGCGCUGCAAGCCAUGAACCUGCACAACAACGAAGCUGGACGGCAGGCUGUCGCCAAGUUAAUGUCUGUGGACUGUCGCUGCCAUGGAGUUUCUGGCUCCUGUGCUGUAAAAACAUGCUGGAAAACCAUGUCUUCUUUUGACAAGAUUGGCCAUUUUUUAAAGGAUAAAUACGAAAACAGUAUCCAGAUAUCAGACAAAACCAAGAGGAAAAUGCGCCGAAGAGAAAAAGAUCAGAGGAAGACGCCCAUCCACGAUGAUGACUUGCUCUAUGUUCAUAAGUCUCCCAACUACUGUGUGCCAGAUAAGAAACUUGGCAUUCCAGGGACACAAGGCAGAGAGUGCAACCGCACAUCAGGAGGAGCAGAUGGCUGCAACCUCCUUUGCUGUGGCCGAGGCUACAACACUCAUGUGGUCAGGCACGUGGAGAGAUGCGAGUGUAAGUUUAUCUGGUGCUGCUACGUCCGCUGCAGGAGGUGUGAAAGCAUGACCGAUGUCCACACUUGUAAGUAACUUCUCUCUCUAGCCUUGAGAGAGACUGCUCUGCAGCACCCUAUUCCUGUCACAAGCUGGAGAGCACCUGCCACUGUGCAGGGCUGGGGGGAUCACCCUCGGAAAAGGAGUCCCCAGAUCCUUCCGUCUCCCAGAUAUUUCUUCUUCCUGACUGACAUUCUGUCACACAGAAUGACCAUGCAGAUUGCUUGGGAUCCUAAAGUUGGAAAGGUUUGCAGUCAUCUUUGGAUGGUUUGGGUAAUAUGUAAUGACAACCAGUGAUAAUGAAUCUGUUCCCUAACCAAGAAGGGACAAGAAAGGACCCUUAUCCUUGAGACAUGAUCCAUACUCCAGAUAAAAUCCUUGACUAUGGGAAUGAAUCAUGGAGGAUGAACAGUCAUCAUUUUGAAAGACAUCUCUUAUAGGAGCAAGGGCCAGUAAACAUGAAUCACAUUUGUUUUCUCAGUAUUUUAAUAGAAUGGAUUACACAGUGUAUUUGCACAUUGACAGAAGAUGCCGUGAAUUUAUUCUUAGUGUGGGUGCUUGCUUCCCCCCAUGUACAUCAAGAUGAGCAACCCAAAAGAAACUUUAAUAACAGAUACAAUAUUUUUAGAGUGCUUUUCAGAGCUGUUUAGUACCAAAGAGAAUCAAAAUGUACACCAUGAAACAAGAAUAAGAUUUUAAGUGACUUUAUCCAAGAGAAAUUAUCUAUAAAAGCCUUCAUAAAGUUUAUGCCAGUCCUCAAUUUCUGGAUUUAUCCUCAUACUAUAGACCAGAAUGCAAUGUUAAAAUCUUAGCUCUGAGGUGCCGGGGUGGGAUCCUAAAAACAGGUGAGAAGAGUGGAAGUAAAAAGAUAAAGGACCCUCUAAAUAUGUAAAGACAGUAUUUUGUAUAAUAUUUUGCUUUAAAAUGUCUUAUAUUUUGUAAAUAUAGUAUUUAAGUUAUAUGGCACACAUUAAAACAAGACAUUUAUUGCCAAAUCCUAAGAGUUAAGGUAAUAAGAUUAUCUCAAAAAUAAGA